CCACCACUAACAAUGGCGGAUGAUCAAGAUUUUGAAAUGUGGGAUGAUGAAUUCUUGGAAAAAGCUAUCCAACUAACCGAAGCUGCCGUUUGUUCCUCCUCUUCAAACCCUACUCAACCGCCACCACCACCGCAACAACUAUUCCCUCCGCCUCCGCCACCCCAUUCUGCUCCUCACAUCAGUUAUUCUCCUCCUAGAGAGUUGUCUCAGAGAGUGAAAGACGACAAUCAUAGAAACUUUCCCGAUAAGGGUUUUGAUUUCCCGGUCUCGUUGAAUGGAAUCAAUCAGGGUCUCAAUAGCAUGCCUCCGAUUCUUUAUUCUUCUCGAUUGCAUGACGAGAAUAAAUGUUCGAAACAGAAAGAAAUCAUUCGAUUGAAGCUGUUAUUUUUGCAGGAAGAGCUGGGAAGAGUGUCAAAGGUGCUUACUAACCUGGAACAAGAGUGUUUGGAGCUUAGGAAGGAGAGAGAUAAGAACGAGAUACAUCUUAGAUCAGUACCUGCAAAUGGAUCUAAAGAUGCUGAAGCUUUCUGUUCAAAGAAAUCAAACUUGAAAAAUAAAGAUCCUAUUGAAGGCCAUUCUGUCAUUCAACCAGUAACUAAAGGUACAAUCCCCUGCAAGGCGGUGGGGGUUCAGACUGAUGAACUUGCCAUAUCAACUGACUUGACAAUAAAGAAGAAUCAAUCAGUCACUUGCCCUUCAAGAAAGCUGGCAGGCAUUUGGGAACCACAAAGUGACCGACAACCUAAAACUAAUCUCGUUUUCAAGUUGUUUGUGGCUUGUGAAGCAGAUUUACAGGCCCUAUUUGGAUGCGUAGGUUUGAACAUGCCAUCUAAAAAGACCACAACUAAAAUGGACUGUUCGAAGCCUAUUUUUUCGCACAUGGCUCCAAACCACUGCUUUGAGGCUGCUGAAGCUGCAAAAGUAUCUCAUCUUUACUAUAUGCUAACAAAGAUUAGUAUUGACAUAGGAAGAUUGGAGGAUUUGUUAGAAGCAUUGCUUGAUCUCAUCUGUCUUCAAAAUAAGAUGAUUGUUCACAGAUCACUCCGGGUGCUGCAUGUGGUCUUGAAACACAUUUCGAGUAUGGAAAGCAAAUUGUGCAGCAGGGACAAUGUCAUUGUUAAUGACUCUUCCACUGUGAAUAGAAGUUCGGGAAAACAUUCUGAAAUGGCACAUCAAUUGUGUGGGAAUAUCACUGAGGUAUCUAAUCAACACCAUCCAGUUCUCUCAAGGCUGACAACUGCUAAUAAAGUUUGGAACAAGGACAGCUUGAGGGAUGAUUCCUCACUGUUGAUUCCUUGUUCAAAAUGGUUUUGUCUUUAUCAAAUGAUGCAACAAAUUGUCACAAGACAUAGUGAAGAAAUUAUAAGAGUGGAGGCAGUUUCGAUUAUGAAUAUUCUUCUUUUAAGAACUGAUGCUUAUGCGGAAAGGGAGAUGUACGGAGAGGUGCUGGUUUUUCAAAGUAUCUCUCAGCUAUUAAGAAAAGAAGCUGGGCUUGGUGUACAAAAGCAAACUGUUCGUCUUCUCUACCUCCUGUUAAAUUGUCCAAAGUUAAUGUCGAUCUUCUGCUCCUCUUGUAAAGAAGUGGGGACAACUGCUGAAGUUCUAACCACAAAUUCUGAAACUGUGCCUGCAUUUCACAGCUCAAGUGCUAUACUAGAUGGUUUAGCUGAUUGUUUAGCUUGUCGUAGAAAUGGUGCGCCGACCUUGGUCUUGAAACUUCAACGGAAUACCAUCAUUCUGCUGGCUUUCUUAGCAUCAUUAGGGAGACGUGGCUUUGAAAUUUUGUUGGGAUAUAAUCUUCCGAGAAGGACCAAUUUUCUUUAUUUGAUUCUGCAAAUUUUGGCAUCUGAAAUUGAUGUGGAGGCAUCCGAUCGUAUUCAACCUUUUGAUAAUUUCAGAGAAAGAAAGUUGGUAAUCCGUGAGGCACUUAUCCUUCUAAAUAGACUUGUAUCAAACUCUCAAUACUCAACAGCAGUUUUAUGUGUUCUUACAAAUAGAAGAGACAUGGCGUGCUUGACCAUGGACAUUGCUAGUAGGCUAUCGCAGAAAGGCAAAGGGUUGUGGCAGCCCGACACCAUGAGGGAAUCGGAGAUUGUGGAUUUGGCCCGGAUUUUCAAAAAGAGAGUGUUUGCUUUCGUAGAAGAUGCACAUCGGGAAAAAGAAGUUGAAAACGUAAAUGUGAAGGAAGCAACUUCAGAACCUGCGCGGAAGGUCCUCUGUGUUAGGAAAUGAUUUUCGUAACUAGCUAAGAGAAAGAGCAUUCACAAUGGAGCUUUUUGGACAUCUAAGCUUCGGACGAAAAACACAUCCUUUUGUUUGUGCAGUUAUAAGUUGUUUUUUGUGGGUCCCACUUUAAUUUUAGAAAAAGCUUCGACGAAAAAGCCCAGAUUUUGUAAGCUUGUCUCCUUUAGUUUGUGUAUUUGGGGUUAGGUUUUUGAGUAAAUGUACCACUGUUGUAACCCUUAUUAUCUCUUUUUUUUGUAUCUAGA